AUGCAGGCCACCAGGCACCUAGAGCCCCCCGACUGCAGAGGCUCGUCCCUCACCACCACGACGGAAGCCAACCUCUCUCAGGACAAUGGCACCCGGCCCAACGCCACCUUCCCCCAGCCACUGCCCACCCUCUAUGUGCUCCUGCCAGCUGUGUACUCUGCCAUCUGUGUCGUGGGGCUGGCUGGCAACACGGCCGUCAUCUAUGUGAUACUGAGGGCACCCCAGAUGAAGACGGUGACCAACGUGUUCAUCCUGAACCUGGCCGUGGCCGACGGGCUCUUCACGCUGGUGCUGCCGGUCAACAUCGCCGAGCACCUGCUGCAGCGCUGGCCCUUCGGGGAGCUGCUCUGCAAGCUGGUGCUGGCUCUCGACCACUACAACAUCUUCUCCAGUGUCUACUUCCUGGCCAUGAUGAGUGUGGACCGCUACCUGGUGGUGCUGGCCACUGUACGGUCCCGCCACGUGCCCUGGCGCACCCACCGGGGGGCAAAGGUGGCCAGUCUGUGUGUCUGGCUGGGCGUCACCGUCCUCGUCCUGCCCUUCUUCUCCUUUGCCAGUGUCUACAGCAAUGAGCUGCAGGUCCCAAGCUGUGGGCUGAGCUUCCCACGGCCUGAGAGGACCUGGUUCAAGGCCAGCCGCAUCUACACAUUGGUCCUGGGCUUCGUGGUGCCCGUGUGCACCAUCUGUGUGCUCUACCUGGACCUGCUGCGCAGGCUGCGGGCCGUGCAGCUCCGCUCCAGUGCCAAGGCUCUGGGCAAGGCCAAGCGGAAGGUGACUGUCCUGGUCCUGGCUGUGCUGGCUGUGUGCCUCCUCUGCUGGACACCUUUCCACCUGGCCUCUGUUGUGGCCCUGAUCACAGACCUGCCCCAGACCUCGCUGGUCAUCAGCAUGUCAUACGUCGUCACCAGCCUCAGCUACGCCAACUCGUGCAUCAAUCCCUUUCUUUACGCCUUCUUAGACGACAGCUUCCGCAAGAACUUCCGUACCAUGCUCCGGUUCCUCAUGACCCAGAGCUCUGAGCAGUCUACUCAGCUUGCAUGCAGGCCAUCCGCCACUCCACAAGCCUCUUCCUGCACACCGAGAGCAGAGCAAGGGACGGUCCUCGGCAUGGCAGUUCAUUGCACUUCUGGAGGGAACAGGCUUGCUGCGAAGCUUCUGGGCCAAGGGCCUCACACUGGUCUGCUGAAGGGAAGCGGGAGUUGGGCCCAGAGCCGAGCUGCAGUCAGGGAUGAGCAGUGCUCAGGGGUGGGCAAGUCCAUGUCCACAGCCUGCACCGUGUAGCAUGAGGAUACCUUCAGAGGAGCAGCAGACCCAAGACCCUCUCAGGGCCGCCAAAAGGUGCUCCAGCUGGCAGCUCCCAGCUCAGGGUGAGUCCCACCCCAAAGUAAUGCUGCCUGCUGUGCCCC